AUGCUAGUCCAAGUUGACUUUGUCAUUAUCCAAUCGUUUGAUUAUCACGGCUCAUGGAAUAAUGACGUUGGUCACGCAUCGGCCCUAGCGGAUCAGAAAAUAAGUGUUAACCGAUGGGUUGAGAAUGGAUUGCCCGUUGAUAAAACCAUUGUCACUGUACCCGCGUACGGCCACACCUGGACCCUAUCGGAUCCCACCAAGACUGAUGUGGGCGCAUCGGCUUCAGGACCCGGCACUAAGGGACCGUUUACCGAUUUCCCCGGUAAAUUAGGUGUCAAUGAGAUGAUGUUGCGUUUGAAAGACGAUCCGAGCUGGUCCCGAAAAGAGGACAUACCCGCCGGCGCCGCUUACUAUGUAAAGGGAGACCAAUGGGUGUCCAUUGAGGACGAAAAGACCGCUGAGGUUAAGGGCAAUUGGGUUAAGAGCGCCGGUUUGGCCGGUAUUGCCGUUCAGGCCGUCAAUAACGACGACUUUAACGCUUUGGGAUCGACCAUUAAAUUCCCACUUCUCAGAGCAUUGAUUAAAGGCUUUCAAUAA